AUGGACAAUCCAUGUGCUUGCUUUCAAACAACAGCCGAAAACAAUGAGAGCAUCUUACCUGAUCCUGAGCCUAUUGGCUCUUAUGACAUGCUUCUCGGCCCACCUGAAAUGUUUAUAGAGCCUAGUGCAACAGCACAAAUGAAAACUCACAUACUACUUGUCCAGAAAAAACCUGACAAACCAAUAUCUUACCUAAACCAUCUUUCACAUUGGAAUCCUAGUACGCUAAAAUUUUUUCCACAGAAACCUGGUUCAUACAAGCAUCAUUCAAAUCCAUCUAAGAAACACAAAUCUCUCUCUCCAAAACGUCACCCAAAUCCUUCUUGUAAUCCCAAACCCAGUGGACAUGAACCUCAUCCAGUUCCACUGCAGCCUGCAUAUCCAGAGCCACCCUCAUUUGGCACCACACUUUCCAAACCUGCAGUCACUACCACGAAACUAAUUGCAUCCACUUCCACGAAUAUUGCCACAUCUGUUAGUGGUAAAUCUUCUGCAAGGCCCCUAUCUGCAGCCACAGCCACCUUAUCUGACGCUCCUAUCACAGAUGAGAUUCCUACCAGCUCAUCUGCUGACACCACAUUGGCACCUGAGAAAACACCUGAAAAUACUACAUUUGAUGCUUUAACCCCAUCAGCUUCCGUACUUAUUUCCACUGAGUAUUUUGCCUCUAUCUGCAUUCCCGUUUCUUCUGAAACCAAAUCUGGGGAAAGAACCACAACAUCCAUGGUCACUACCAUAGUAAAGAUCCCAACCACAUCUGCUACGUCAGAUGCCACUUCCAUUCCUUCAUCCACUACUUUGGCCUCCAAACCCACCCCAUCAUCUCAAUCUGUUGGCAAAAUAUCUGUUUCUACAAUUCAGGUUGCAGGUAUGACAAUAGCUGCUGUAACAUCUGUUUCAUCCACUAUCAUAGCCAGCACAACCCUUACUAUCACUAACACUAUUACCAUCAAGACAACAUUAAGUCACUACUUUCUCUCCUGCCACCUCCACAGUAACCACUACUAACUUCCUCCCCACAACCAUUACCACACCUCGCUCUGCUGCUUAGUCUUCUGCUGCUUCCCUAUCUGCUAAUACCACCACUGCAUUUGUAGCCACUAUCCAAUCUGACCCAACCUCCCCAUCUAAUACUGAAACGGUCACCUUGACCCAUACUACAAAUGAUGAUACAUCAUUUUCAAUAACUAUUGAUAAUCUUGAGCCUGGAACAACCAU